CGCCUCUUUUCGAAGAUGAGGCGUUGUCCGGCGUUUCAAAUCCCUUCCUCCUCCCCACAGCUAAAACCGAGAGACAGAGAGAAAAAGAGAGGGAGGAAGAAGAUGGCAUCGUCUUCUCCUUUUCAUUACCACCCAUCCAUUCCUUUGCCUUCUUCUUCCAAGCUACCGGCGUCUCUGCAACCAACUGUUUUGAAUUUCCCGCGAACUUGGGCCCCGCCGGCGUGGAACUCAGUAACCAGUACCAACCGGUUCAAGUGCUCCGCCGGCCAGACCGGGUUCUUCACCAGGCUUGGACGUCUGAUCAAGGAGAAGGCGAAGAGUGAUGUCGAGAAGAUCUUCUCUGGUUUCUCCAAAACUAGAGACAACCUCGCUGUUAUCGACGAACUCCUCACGUACUGGAACCUCGCUGAAACAGAUCGAGUCUUGGACGAACUCGAAGAGGCUUUGCUUGUGUCUGAUUUUGGGCCCAAAAUUACAAUUAAGAUUGUGGAAAUCUUGCGAGAGGAUAUAUUAGCUGGGAAGCUUAAGUCAGGAAGUGAGAUAAAGGAUGCUUUGAAGAAGAGUGUACUUGAUUUGCUGACUAGCAAAGGGAAUAAGACGGAACUUCAACUGGGGUUCAGGAAACCAGCUGUAAUCAUGAUUGUUGGUGUGAAUGGAGGCGGGAAGACAACGUCUCUUGGAAAACUUGCUCACAGACUAAAGAAAGAAGGAACUAAGAUAUUAAUGGCAGCUGGUGAUACUUUUAGAGCAGCAGCUAGUGAUCAACUAGAAGUCUGGGCUGAGAGGACUGGAUGUGAGAUAGUUGUGGGUGAAGGAGAGAAGGCCAAAGCAUCCUCAGUUCUUUCUCAGGCUGUAAAGAGAGGGAAAAAGCAAGGUUUUGAUGUAGUAUUAUGUGACACAUCUGGCCGUCUACACACUAAUUACAGCUUGAUGGAAGAGUUGAUUGCAUGCAAGAAAGCUAUUGGUAAAAUUAUUUUUGGUGCACCAAAUGAGAUUCUGCUAGUCCUUGAUGGGACAACUGGUUUGAAUAUGCUGCCACAAGCGAGAGAAUUUAAUGAUGUGGUUGGCAUCACAGGAUUAAUCUUGACCAAACUUGAUGGUUCUGCACGAGGUGGCUGUGUGGUCAGUGUUGUAGAUGAACUUGGCAUUCCUGUGAAGUUUGUUGGUGUUGGUGAAGGGUUGGAAGAUCUCCAACCAUUUGAUGCUGAGGCCUUCGUUAAUGCCAUUUUUUCUUGAGGCGUGAGUAGUGGCCUACUAGUUUACAACCCAAGGGUGAUUGGAGAAUGGAGUGAAAGAGACAAUGACGAAGUAGAUAUAGAAUUACGUCGCUGGCAUCUGAGAAUUCAAGUGAUUCAAAACUGUUGGGAUUGAUUUUACUUCCACACUAGUGAAAUGGUUUCAGAUUGCAUGAUCUGUGUUGGUGAAAACGAGAAACUCCAUGAUAUGGUCAGCAUGCUUUACACCUAGCAACUUGGGAAUACAAGAACAGGUAGCUGAAGCUGAACUUCAGUGAUCCAUACGCACAUGGAACUUCAGAAGAGAUUGGUAGAAGUUGCAAAGUGUUUGUCAUUUGUUGCUUGCUAGUUGGUAUUCCUGUAUUUAACCAUCUUCUUAUAUGAGUUAUUGGGUUGAGUCAUCUUGUCACUAGCAGGAUGAUAAUUUAUUUACCAGUUUUUUUUUGAGAUAUACGAGUUUUUGAAGUAAA